AUGCUGAACCUUCGAAAGCAGGCGGCAAGUGAGGAACAACCGCCCCUGAAGAAGCUGGCUAUUCGAGAAGAAGCGCCAGAACACGAAAAAUACUCGUUCGAAACGACGCUCAAAUGCUACGCCUGUGCCCAUCCUGGUGCCCCGAUACAAGGCAAUGUGCAGACCGCACUCGUCGUCGCAAGCAUACUCACUUCGAUGUCGAGCGCGGCACAGUCUGAAGUAAAAGCGUGGGAGGAAGAGAUCACGUCGUGCGCUCAUACGAACAAGCUAGAGCAGGCUUCAUCUCUGCGUCUGCAAGCAGCAGGCUUGGCGCACUGCUCGUCUUGCGAAUUGACCGGCAAUCUCUGGCUCUGUCUCACUUGUGGCGCUCUCAGCUGCGGUCGCAAGCAGUUCGGUGGCAUAGGUGGAAAUGGUCACGCUCUCGAGCAUUUCGAUGCCACAGGUCACCCCGUAGCUGUCAAGUUGGGCACCAUCACGCCCGAAGGCGCAGCAGAUGUCUACUGCUACGCCUGCAACGACGCCAGGAUCGAUAACAGUCUGACUGGGCAUCUCAAGCAUUUCGGUAUCUCUGUGCAAGAGCAGCAAAAGACAGAGAAGAGCAUGACAGAGUUGCAAGUAGAGCAGAAUCUCAAGUUCGAUUUUGCGAUGACCGACGAAGCGGGCAAUGAGCUCGAGCCGCUCUUCGGUCCCAGCCUCACAGGAAUGCAGAAUCUCGGCAAUAGUUGCUAUCUUGCAUCGGUCAUGCAGACGGUCUUCUCGCUCGAUCAGUUCAGUCCUCGCUACGUGCUCAACUCUGGCAGUCAUCCGCUGCUAUGCACUUCAGACGAUCCAGCGACCUGCUUCGAAUGUCAGAUGGGCAAACUUGCGGAUGGCUUACUGUCCGGUCGAUACGCGGUUCCUCGUGAGCCCGAACGGGACGCAACGACGCACACUUUUGCAGGAGCGGAGAGCGACGAUAGCAAGAAGGAUGGGCCGGUCUUCCAAGCAGGCAUCAAACCAAGCAUGUUCAAGGCCCUCGUCGGCAAGAACCACGCAGAAUUCUCGACAAUGCGACAACAAGAUGCCGAUGAUUUCUUCCGGCAUCUCAUUGCGCAGAUACAGACGAACAAUAGAGGCAUGCUCGGGCCAGACGGCUCUGCUGCUCGCGAUCCGACUCGCUUCUUUCAGUUCCAGCUCGAACAAAAGUUGCAAUGCGAUGUCUGCAAGCGCGUGAAGUACCAGACCCAGACGCAGGAAGCCUUAUCGCUGCCCGUCCGUAUGCAGCCGAAACCGAUGCAGGAUGACAGUACGACACAUAAGACACUAAAUGCGACAGGCGCCCAAGUGACAACUGAAUACGAACAAGUCACGCUCGAAGAAUGUCUCGAUAAUGUCACUGCGCCUGACGAGCUGCAAUUCACUUGUCCGGCCUGCCAAGCCUCUCGAUCUGCAACGACCCAGACGCGGCUGGCUUCAUUUCCUGAUGUUCUAGUCUUACACGCUCAACGGUUCCAAAUGGUCAACUGGGUUGCUCAGAAAGUACCCGUACCCAUCAAAGUGCCCUUUGGAGAAUUAUCGCUCGAUCGCUAUCUCUCCUCGGGAAAGAUCGCAGAAGAGGAAGAGCUUCCCAAUGACGAAGUGGUACAGGCGACGGGUCCGAUAUUCAACAGUGAUGCCAUGGCUGCACUGGAAGGCAUGGGCUUCCCUGCCAUUCGCUGUCAGAGGGCUUUGCUUGCGACCGGCAAUUCAGAUGCGGAAGCGGCAAUGAAUUGGCUCUUCGCACACAUGGAAGAUCAGGACAUCGAUGCGCCCUUACCAGCGGUAGAGCCCCCAUCUACUUCGGCAAGCGGAGGGCCGUCUGCAGAUCUGAUCGCUGGACUGGUCGACAUGGGAUUCGCGCCCAGUCAAGCUCGCAAGGCUCUACGAUUGUCGAACAACAACUCGGAAGCAGCCGUUGGCUGGCUCUUUGAGAACACAGAUGAUCCGGGCGAGGACGAAACGCCAGUAGCACCUGGGGUUACGUCCACAGCCAUCGAGCAAGCGGGUAAUACAAACUUGCCCGCAAAGUAUCGCUUGCACGCCUUCAUCUCGCACAAAGGCCCAUCAGUGCAUUCGGGGCAUUAUGUCGCUCAUAUCUACAAAGCUGCGCAAGGCUGGGUGCUGUUUAACGAUGAGAAGGUUGUCAAAGCAGAAUCGGGCAUGCAGAGUGCCGAAUCACUCUCACCGUUUGCAUAUGUCUAUGUGUAUCAGCCUCGUCGCGUAAAAGGCGCAGCAACGCGCUCACUGCAGAGCUUGCUAGCCGAGAUGAGCAAAGCUGUCGCGGGCCCAUCGAGCAUGCGGCAGCAGUCUGCAUACAGCCAGCAGCCGGCACUCGCGCAAGAAUCAUCUGAACUCGGCCUAUCGUCAGCGCAGCUCAAAUUGCGCGAGAAACAGAAAGAGCUCGACGGCUUCCUCAAAGUAGAGCAGCAAAGCGCACAGCUGGCGUUAUAUUUCGAAAAGAUCGCAGGUCAGACAGAGCUGCUCCUUACGAGCGGCGAAACCGUCGCACAGGUAGCGAGUAAUUGGGGCAACGUAUUCCGGGCGACCAACCUAGCGCUAGCGUCGUUGGCGGCAAAGAGGAAAGAAGCUGGCGAGGGCGAGUCGCAGGAGGGCAUUCUGCCGGAAGUGCUUGUGAGGAUUCCGACAAGCGAGAACUGA